AUGAUCACCGACGAGUCCAUUAUUGCGGGGUGUACAACAGCAGAAAGAAAAACCUCAGUUCGGGAGCUCGAACAUGAAGCAGAAAAUCCAUCGAAGAGGCCUUGGAUCGAAGAGCCUAUCUACUUCACUGAGAACGACGCUCGUAGGAUAUAUAAUCCGCACAAUGAUGCCCUCGUCGUCAAGCUAGUAAUCAACGAUUUCGAGGUAAAGCGAAUACUAGUGGACUCAGAAGUUCCGUGGAUAUUCUUUUUCUGUAAGCUUUUGAACAUGGACGAAGUAGUCAAGCCCCUUGGACGAAUCACAGUGCCAAUUGCAGCGAGAAUGUGGUCCAACUUAGCGCGCUUCGAGCACACCUUCCUUGUGGUCGCGACGCCGUCCCCCUACAAUGCGAUUUUAGGUCAGCCCAUUCGGCAUGCCCUUCGUGCAGUCGUGUCCACCUACUAUCUGGCGAUGAAGUUCCAGACAGACUGCGGAGUAGGGGUUAUACGAGGUGACCAGCUGGAAUCGCGUAAGUGCUACGUGGCCGCACUAAAGGGCAAGGCGAAGUUGGCAGACAAUGUCGAACUAGAGCCUCCACCCGAGCAAAUAGAGGAGUGA